AUGUCAGGACGUCAAAAAUCAGCAUUAGUCACUGGUGCUUCAUCAGGAAUCGGAUACGCAACAGCAAUUGAAUUUGCCAGACGAGGAUAUCAAGUGUUUGCUGGUGCUAGAAGAUUGGAACCUAUGGAACCAUUGGCCAAAGAACACGGAAUUAUCAUUUUUCAGUUAGAUGUUUCGUCAACAGAAAGCGUUAAAAAGGCUAAGAAUUUAAUUAUCGAAAAAACAGGAGGAUAUCUCGAUAUAUUGUACAACAAUGCUGGCCAGUCAUGUACAUUUCCUGCCUUAGAUGUUACUGAUGAGUGGUUUAAACAGUGUUACGAGGUGAAUGUUUUUGGACCUAUGAGAUUGGUAAGGGAAUUAGGACCAUUAGUUAUCAAUUCCCAAGGUACGAUUGGGUUUACUGGGUCAGUUAGUGGGAUUAUGCCUUUCCCAUUAUCUUGUACAUAUUCAUCUUCUAAGGCAGCUAUUCACCAAUAUGCUGCUAGUUUAAGAAUUGAAAUGAAGCCAUUCAACGUUAAAGUUAUUAAUAUAGUUACUGGUGGGGUUAGAACGAACAUUGAGGAUACGAGGCCGUUACCAGAGAGUUCUCUUUAUAAUGUUCCUGGUAUGAAAGAAACCUUGGUUGAAAGACAACAGAUGGCUAAGAGAAAUAAUCCGAUCAGUGCAGAAAGCUAUGCUAAAAAAGUGGUUUCUGAUUUUGAAAAGCUGAGAGUAAAUGGAGCAUUGAAUAUUUACAGAGGAAGAAUGGCUACGUUUUUAGGCUACUUAUUAUACUGGUGUCCAAGGUUCUUAGUCGAGAUUAUCUUUAUUAGGAAGUUUAAAUUAACUGCAAUUUACAAGACUAUAAGAACCAAAUACAGUAAGGAACAUCUUGAUUGA